AUGUCAACAUCAGAACUUGUGUACACCCCAAUCGAGGAAAUCGCGAAAAUUCGCGACAACCUCCGAGCAGGAUUCGCGUCUGGAAAGCUGAAAUCGAAUGAAUACAGAAAAUAUCAGAUUACUCAACUCAUUUACUUGGUCAAGGACAACAUGGUUAGAUUCGAGGAAGCGCUAUCCAAAGAUUUGGGGAGACCCGCCUUGGAGGCUCGAAUGAUGGACAUUAUUCCUACCAUCAGCGAGGCUGUCACCCAAUUGAAGAAUGUGGACAAAUGGACGAAGCCAACCAGACCACCCUUCAGUUUUAAUUUUUUCGCUAUGCGACCUUUGAUCAGGAAAGAACCCAAAGGAACUGUUCUUAUAAUCAGUCCCUUCAAUUAUCCUGUUUGGUUGACUCUGGCACCAGUCGCUGGUGCCCUGGCGGCUGGAAACUCUGUCUGCCUCAAGCCCUCGGAAUCAACCCCCGCUACCAGUGCAUUAAUGACUGAACUUGUUGCCAAGUACUUGGACACGGAUCUAGUCAGCUUUGUUAAUGGAGCCAUCCCAGAGACCACGAGACUCCUUGAGCUGCAAUGGGACCAUAGUAACGGAAGAGUCGCCAAGAUUGUGGCAACCGCCGCAGCUAAGCACCUCACUCCCGUCACGCUCGAGCUCGGAGGGAAAUCUCCAGUGAUCAUUGACCCCAAAUGUGACCUCAAGACAGCCGCUAAACGGAUCAUGUGGGGAAAAGUUGUCAACGCGGGACAGACGUGUGUGGCUCCCGAUUACAUUCUCGUACCAAGAGAAUUCCAGGAAACAUUCGUUGACGCCCUCAAGGAAGUAUACGAAGAAUUCUACCCUGACCCCGCAAAACGUGCUGCUGUUCCUGGAUCCUACAGUCGGAUCAUUACUCCUCAGGCUACAGAGCGUAUCUCGGGACUAUUAGAGAAAACUCAGGGCAAAAUCGCCUUCGGUGGUGAAAUCAACAAAGACUCCAAGUAUAUCGCGCCCACUGUUGUAACGGACGUCAAAGCCGAUGAUUCAUUGAUGAGCGAGGAAAUAUUUGGCCCAGUUCUCCCUAUAGUUCCUGUCGACAGCAUCGAAGAUGCUAUUAAGUUCGUGAAUGAACGCGACUAUCCUUUGGCAUUAUACAUUUUCUCCCAAGACAACGAACUUAAAACUAAAGUCUUCAACAAAACUCAAAGUGGAGCCGUCAUUGCCAAUGAAACCCUUAUCCAUCCUGGUGCCGACGGAUUGCCAUUCGGCGGUGUUGGUCCGAGUGGAUACGGCAUGCACACUGGAAAGUAUACCUUCGAUAUGUUCACUCAUUUCCGUGCAUCGAUGGAUUCCCCAAGCUGGAUUGAUUACAUCCUAAAGUUCCGCUUUCCUCCUUACAACACUUCCAAGGAGAAUGCCGUGUUCAGGUUGAUGAACUCUCUCCCAUCUCGUCCGACUGGGCCACCGUCAACCAAGGGCACUGGAAAAUGGUGGGGCAAAUGGUUCAUUCUGGCAUUAGCCAUGGCCGUUGCUGGUGGACUAACGUCGCGGUCGAAGAUGACCGCUGCUUAA